AGAUGGGCGGGGCAGGGCACGAGGGCAAGUUGCGAAGGGGGCAUUUAUUUAAAGGAGAGGACAGGGGGUCUGAAAUGCUUUUUGGGCUCUAGAAUUUCGAGGAAGAUGAAGGUGACCAUUCUCUGCCUAGUCCUGCUGCAGUGUCUGUGCUGCUCUGGGCGUCCCCGGCUUAACUUUGAUCUGGCGCCCGUCGCUGAGAAGGCUGUUCGCAUGGCCCUCGCCCGGGUCAAUGACCAGUCCGCCAGCGCCAACCUGUACGGAAUUACCCAGAGCUCCGUACAAAAAGUCAUCCCUUUCGGAAUGAACAUCUACGAUCUGAAGCUCAAAUUCGGAAUCAAGGAGACGGUCUGUCCCAAAGCCUCAGAAAGCGACCCGGAGAAGUGCCAGUUCAAACAGGGAUUCUUUGUGCCCACAGCUUCCUGCUCCAGUCGAGUGCGGGUCAACUCAGAACUCUCUGAGCUCGUCUCCCUCACAUGCAGCCGCGCCGGCAGCUCCAGCUCCAGCUCCGAGUCCAACAGCGGGGAGGUGCUUUCAAGGCUGAGUGGGACGAACAGGCAGAAUAACUUCGGGAUGGGAGACCCGGUGAACAGCCCCAUCCGCAGGACAGUCGUGGACAACCGCCUGGAUGGGAACGGCCUGGAUAACUUCAUGGAAUAAGGAAGCAGGGUGCACGGGGGAAAUUAAGCUUUAGCGCAAAAUACUAAAGAUAAUUGCUACAAUUGCAGAUAAAAAAUGCCUAAAAAAAUAAAUUAAUAAAAUAAUAAUAAUAAUGUGAGAUCUGGAAACACGGCAGUGAUGACACUUGGGUAUAAACAGUGCUAUUACACUUGAUUGUUCUUCCGGA